UUGUCAAAAUGCGGGGUGCAUACGAUAAAGGAAAGGGAGAUAGUGCUGUCGCUGUAUGAUUUUGAUUACGCGUUCAACAAGUAUAAUGAUAACAUUUCAAUGUUUAGUCGUAGGCAUGUCGAUGAGGUUGUCAACUCGUAUGUACAGAUGGGAAUAGCGCGAUUCGUUGAUAGUUGUGUUCUUAUUGACUCGGCACAUCUGCUUUCCAAAGCAAGCUUGGCUGCUCUUGCCCAGGUUUCCAAAGCAAGUGUUUAUUCAAGUUUGAAAAUAGUGGCAUGUGGGUCUGGUUUUAGGGAUGAUAUACGCAAAUGUAUAAAUGACCACUUUUUUACAGUCAUGCCGAGUAGUGAUGAAAACGUGACUGAGUUUAUAGAGUACUUUGUGAAAAGCCCUAUGAGUGCUGAUAUGAAGAAAACAGUUAGUGAAGUAUCAAAUUUCGACAAUUUUGACUUUAUUAUGAAUAUUUUAAGUAUUACAACAGAUCCAAAAGAGUUUUCAGAUGUUUACAACCUACGAGUGCAUGGCUGA